AUGAACAAGUCCAACUAUCAAUACUACACUAACGACUCAAAUGAACUCAUCCGAAGAGACAGGUAAAAAGAACAUCAACUAUUAUUCUAGAGACUUUCUCAUACAUCAAUAAAAAUUAGAAGAAAUCAAACGAUCCAAAAGUGCUAUUGGAUGCAAUAGAACUAAAUCGAUCAAGUUACCUAAAUCAACCAAUAUUAAAGAUGAAAUGAAAAUCGCUGAAAUAUACCAUAAAAAUCAACUGUUGGCUUCAAACCUAGCCAGAAUACAUUCCAGACCAUUUUAGCUACCUCAAAAAACUCAAAAUUUUUAGGUUAAUAUGAAAUCCUCUUAAUCAAAAGAAAAACUUAAAGAACACACAUUUAAGCUAUUGGAUGAAAAUAUCAAUUUAUGCAAAAGAAUAUUGGAUUAACAAAGCCAGAUCGAUUUCAAAUAAAAAUUAUAAGAGUACAAACAACAUAAAAAAAUAAAGGUGAGACUUUUAAAAGUAAAAAGAUAAUUUGAAUAAUAAGAAAAAUUAGCUGUUGAUUAGAGAUUUAAAUCAAAAUCAUUUAGUUAAGUUUAGGUCAAUAAAAUUUGA